GAGAGUUCCGGCCCCGGAAGAGAGGGCUGAUGCUCAGGUGCCGCCGGAAAUACCGAUCCUCAGGCUGGCAAGGGGAUGGGGGACUCCAGUUUCCAAGCAUCCCAUAUCAGGGACUGGCUGGACCGAACAUCAGGGAUCUGGGGUCUGGACCCUCGGAUCGGGGGUGGCAGGCGGUGAGGCCGAAGACUAGGACCUCCCUUCACAAUUUAACUGUUGGAACCCGGCACCGACAGAUGAGCUGACUAAGGCUGAGAGGGGUUAAGUAUCCAGGGCCAGUGAGCUGCCUUCCUUCCUUGGUGACAGCUGCCAACUGAAGCCAACAGGGGCGUUCUAGGCAGACUCUAGCUUUCAGGGGACUUUGUACAGCUGCCUGUGCCCAUCAUCCAGCAGCUCUACCACUGGGACUGCGGCCUGGCCUGCUCCAAGAUGGUGCUGCGGUACCUAGGCCAGCUGGACGAUGGGGAGUUUGAAGGUGCCCUGCAGGAGCUGCGACUGACCAGGAGCAUUUGGACCAUUGACCUGGCCUACCUGAUGAGCCACUUUGGUGUGAGGCAUCGCUUCUGUACCCAGACCCUGGGCGUUGACAAGGGCUACAAAAACCAGUCCUUCUACAGGAAACACUUUGACACAGAGGAGACCCGGGUGAACCAGCUGUUUGCACAAGCCAAGUCUUGCAAGGUGCUGGUGGAGAAAUGCACGGUGAGUGUGCAGGACAUCCAGAUGCACCUGGCACAGGGCCACGUGGCCAUCGUAUUGGUGAACUCGGGGGUACUGCACUGUGACCUCUGCUCUAGCCCCGCCAAGUACUGCUGUUUCGCCCCCCGUGGCCACCGCUGCUUCUGCCGCACCCCCGAUUACCAGGGCCACUUCAUCGUGCUGCGUGGUUACAACCGGGCCACUAGCUCCAUCUUCUACAACAAUCCAGCAUAUGCUGACCGAAUGUGCAGCACCAGCAUCAGUAACUUCGAGGAGGCCAGAACCAGCUACGGCACAGACGAGGACAUCCUCUUUGUCUUCUUGGACAGCUGACAAUGGGAACUCAAUGUGCCCAGGCCCUUGGACCCCCCCCCACCCUGCCCCACCCAAGCCGGGCCUACUCAGGAAACCCUGGCCUAGGCCUGGAGUUGCUUGGGCUCAGAUGCAGAGCUGUGGCAUCAGCCCAUGUGACAAAACACUGGGGAGCUCUGGAAGGCCAUGGCACUCCUGCUUUAUCCACCAGCGGUGAGUGUCAUCAUGUCACUUACCCAGCAUGCCUGCUGGUUGCUCAAAGUGUCCCUAGAGCAUCUGAGCAGCGCUUCCCCCAGGACCCCAAGCCUGACUCCAGCUGUGCCCAGGGGACAUCCAGCCCCAGGGGUACCUUUGUUGCCUAUGAGCCAGACCCUGGGUUGGGGGAGAGGCCUGAGCCCUCUCUCCACAGACCUGGGGCCCAAGCCCUUGAGAGAUGUUGCUCAUCAGGACAGCAUCCGUGUGUUUGGAGACUGUAGCCAACACCGGCCUCGCUGGAAUCUGUCCUCACCCUUCUCCUUGGAAAUGCUGCAGAGCCCCCGGUGCCCUUUUGUGGAUGCCGCUGCCCGCUGCAGCCUCCCAGUGGGCCCAAGUCCCUGCUGCUGGUUGCAAGGCCUCUGGCUCCUGGGAAGGGCUGGAACUCAGGCAGAAAGGACUCUGAGGCCCCUGCAGCCCUCCAGGUCUUCAGCUGUAAAGGGUGUGGGCAGGGCCCUGGUGAGUAUGCUCAGGAAAGCUUGACCCAGAGGGCUAGGGACAGCUGCCUGGGCUCCAAAGAUCCCCCCUUAGGCCUCCUGACACUAGCCUGAGUCCCGACAGUGGGGCCUGUCCUCCAAGUGUGGGGAGCCCCAAGUCUCACAGGGCUAUGUGCUGGGGCAUCAGGGCCUGCACUCCUGAAGCCGUGGCAGAGGCAGCCUGUGGCCUCCCACCCACCCUGGUGUUCACACCAGGACCUUUUGCACAGAAUGUUGGAUCUUUUCUGUCUUAACAGAGAAAGAUGGUGCCUGCCCUGGAUCACGCAGCACGGCAUGGAGCGUGAACUAGAGCCGUUGCCUUCUUUUUUUUUUUUGGUGGUUGGUGGUGGUGGCAUUUUUUUCUUUUUUGAAAUUUAAGUUUUCACUUUUGGGGGUGAGAAUCACCCUCAAAUAAGACAGUAGUGAGAUUGUAGGUACUUUGGAACCAUUGACACCUCUAAAUGGGGCAGAGAGGCCAGCCCAAGUUCUCUUUUAAAGAGAAGAGGACUCCCAGCUGGUGCACUGAGGGCCACGGCCCCUCACCUUACAGACCAAGUCCGGCCCAGUCUGAGGAGAGUUUGCCCAGGAGACUGGUGGAGCUGGGUCUGGAACCCAGGGUGCACCUAAAAAAUAAAGGGAUGCGAAUCACUUCCAAAGGGGCUGGAGACACUCACACCUCAUGUGCUGCCUCUGGUAAAGGAGCAAGGGUGUCCCAAGAGCUCCUCUGCCCGUGUCUUGGUCUUCCAGUAUCCAAGGCACGAUACGGUGGCAGCUGCUGCCCCACCGCUGGACUGCGGACCACCUUCCAGCUGGCCCCGGCCUCCAGCCAGCCCCUCCCCACCACGGCUGCUCCAAGGGGCAGAGGUGGGCUCUGCUUAUGAAGGCUGUCAGACCACCCAGCCGUAUGGCUCCUCAAUACCAGAUGCAGCCUUGGCAGAGAGGGAGGCACUAUUAGCUGGGCAGCCACCUGGGGUGUGAGGCUAGUGUUGCCUUCAGACUGGUCUCAUCUCCUUUGCCUUAAUGCUGGGUGGCCCAUGAUUCCGGGGAGCUCUGGCUCCAUGCCCAAGAGUGCCACAUGUGGCAACCGUGGAGUUUGGGUGUCCUCAGGAGGGGUCCCGGUAAAAUGGUGGUGAGAAUAGAUGCAUCAAGGAAAACAGUGGGAGGAAGUGAAGCUUUCAGGACGGCUGAGUGUGAGUGAGGCGUGUGCACAUGCUGGGGGCGCUGCCGCGGACAGCAGCCUCCACGAAGAAUGGUCACUGCACCGCAGUCCGUCGUGCAACAUUUAAAAACGCUCAGUCCCUGUGCCUGGAGGAUGGCUUCUCAGGGCAAGCCUUGCGUUAGGAGUCAUUCGUCUGGAAGAUUAACACGAAAACUGCCUGCCCCUGAGAUAGUGCCAUCUUCCUGGGGAGGGUCAUGGAGGCAGGAUGCAAACCAUGUUAUAUUGUGUAAUGAAAAAUCAUGAACAUGGGGCUGGAGAAAAAGCCCCAUCAGGAACUUCUGCCUACAUCACGUGGCGCCCACGACCCCCUGUCCACAUGCUGGGGAUCCAGCACAGUCCCCAAAGCCACUAUGGACAAUUGGCUUUGUUCAGUCUAGCCACAUGGGGACAAAAGGGAUCUUUUGCAUUGCAGAGAUUUUAUACACAAAUAUAUUUUGUUUUUAAUGAGCCAUUCUCAAUAAAUGUUAUUCUCACUGCAAAAUGA